CAAAGCUGGAGUGUUUGUUUCGCGAAGUUCCCAGACAACACAGCAGAGCUGUGAAAGAUGAUGAGUAGGAGCCGUCUGAGCUGCCUGCCUGACGACAUUAUAGAUGAUCUGAAGCGCCAUCUGUCGGCCGCCAGCUGCGGUGCUGUCCGAGCCACAUCAAAGCGCCUCGGCUGCCAUUUCAUCAGCGAGGACUACCUGACGCGCCGCCUCGACGAUGCCAUCCACAACAAGAAACUCAGCGGCGUGCCGGCCUACAUCAAGCGCCCCGAGACGGCCCUGCAGCGCGUCACCGCUGUCCGCAGCUCGGUGUCGACAUGCCUCAGACAUUUUGCCGCCUUCGCUGUGGAGUGGAUCGCAGCUUUGGUCACGAUGGCUGCGCUCCUGGCUGUUGUGUUUCUCCUGGUGCCAUGGACGCUGAAACUGCAUUGGGUCUUGCAGGUGCCUUUCUGGGCUGCUUCCUUCUAUCUCAUGGGGACGGUGCCGCACGCGUUGGAACUCUUGGGAGAUGAGGGCAUGACGCGGGUGCACAACAUGGAGACCGAGGCCUUUACCUACUUUCGAGAAAUGUGGCGAUCUGCCUGGAGGGCCCUGUGGAUAUGGGUCCGGUCGAGAGAUAGGAAGGUCAGAAGCCGGGUGGACUACUUGUUGCGUCUGCUGCACGUCAUUGAGGAGGGCGGCUGCUGGGACUGGACUGUGCAGCUCAUCUAUUACCUCGAGAACAGCCGCAUCAUUCCCUCGCUGCUCAUUAUCAUCGCACCGGCCGAUCUGCGACAAGUCGGCAGUCGGGCACUGUUUGACUCUCGGCCACCGGCAGUCCGCCAGCUCUCCCUCAUCAGUCACCGACUUGUGCUUCAGCUCGAGACAGCCGACGGUCCAAAGACCCUGAUAGUGCGUCUUCAACGUCGUGCGAAUGGUCAGGAGGAUCAUUUGGAUGGACAGCUCCUGACCUUCCUGACGCCCAGUACGGUGCCCGACACGCUGCCCUUCAAAAUCGAUGAGUUCAAUGCAUCCGACCCGCCCACCAAAUGUGAGUCGCGGUGAAGAAAAGGGCACCGGGCGGCAUGGAUAGGCCGGCAUGUGUGUGUUUGUGUCUACCGGUCAUCAGGGGAUCACAACAUCUACCCUUCCUUCACGGACCUCAUCAUUCAUAUUGCCUCGCGGACGGCUCGCUCUCACGACGGCGCCUUCGACGAGCGCCCACGAAUUAUCAUCGCGUCCGAAAUCGUGCAUGGAAACGACCAGCAGCUGCAGUCGGCAGACCGACAAAUCGCGGCCAGCCGGGGGCCCGUCUGGGAGGGCUGCCGCAGGGCCGACAAAUGUGGCGGCACACCAACUGCUCACGAGACGAUCCUGAUCCUCUGUGGGGACAAAGCUGGUGACGAAUUCGCCGUCUCCUAUGACAUCUUCCUCCCUGUGGCGCAGGUUACUGCGGCGGCUGACAUCGUUAUCCGCUGGAUCAUCACGACGGAGCCUCCUGUCACCCGCCAUUGUCGCCCGGCGGCCCAGCGCUUCCCUCGUACAGUGGCAGUGGUCCACAAAAAACUGCUUAGAUAGGUGCGCAGAGGAAGGUCUUGUCUUGUGCUGCGCAUACCAAGGGUUUGUCUGCUUAGCUGCUGAUCGCUGUGUGCGGUUGAUCGAUGUUUUUUGGCGGCUGAUGCGUCUUUUGCAGUGCUCGAUGGCAAGAGAAUUCGCGUGUGUAUGGCACUUGCAGUGUGGCGAGUAGGUCGAUGGCACAGACAGGCCGGGUGCAUCCUGGUGACUAUGGAAGUAUUUGUGCAUCUGAGACACCAUCUUUGUGAGUGUUGCAAAUCUCUUGAGCUGCAUGUGGUGAACCAGUGAUGAAUACACGAGCAAACAGGGACUUGGCAGCUCAGACACGUUCGCACACGGGUACACAAAGGGAAAACCGAC